UGUCACUUCAAGUGAUGACCGCCCAGUGCGGUUCCGACGGAUGAGAUCAAUCAUCCUCGUUCCUCGCUGCCACCGCUGCCAACACAGCCUCUGCACUGGUCGUGACCCCUGGAUGUGCAGAGGAGUAGUAUUGCAUUGUUUACCGAGUGAAAGACGCGCUCUUUUGGGCUGUUGGACUGAUACAUGCUACAUUGUAUCCAAUGCAGGCGUUUGGAUCCCUCCAAUAUGAACCGAGUGGAUGACGCCGCACGGGAGGGUCAUUCCGCCAGUUGCCUCUCCGCAUUCUCCGCCAAUAGCUGACGGCCAUGUUUACGCUGUGCUUCCGUCUCUGCCUUCUCCUGCUUCCCGCUCUACUUCGAUUAUGGUAUGUCUUAGCGGAGACGCGGACUAUCGACGAUACGUAUGGCGACUCUGUGACGAGAGCAGCACCGGCGUACUCCAGCGCCGACUGUUGGGACCAAGGGCCGAAUUGUACAGAAUGCUUCCUCCACCCGGACGCGACGAAAAUCCACAACGGCACAUGGCACGACACAUCGUCGAACACCUGUCACGGUGCGAAUGCCAACGAUCCUUACGAGGCGGGCCAUAAUGUCACCCUCAGCUUCAUUGGGACAUCUCUUACGGUGUACUGCAUCAUGGUGUCCCAAGGACCCACGACAUGGCCCACGAAUGUCAGCUUCAGUCUCGACGGCGAGGUUAGCUAUAGAGCGUUUCCCGUCAACUCUGAUGGAGAUACAUACGAAUUCUCGUAUCAAGUGCCAGUCUAUGGUAACACGUCGUUGAGUAACACGCCGCACACGCACACGUUCACAAUGACAGCGUUGCAAGGCCUGUCGGGAUCGACUCUGCUCUUCGACUAUGCUACCUACAACUAUGAGGGCGAGCAGAGCUCAUCGCAAACGAGUCAGGUGCAGACGAGCUCUACGUCCAGUCUGGGCGCCUCGUCCACCACUAGUGCGGCAAGCACACAGAGUCCAGAUCCGGCUGCAAGCCACCAAGUUGGCGCCAUUGCUGGGGGCGUCGUUGGCGGGUUUGCUUCUAUUGCGCUUUGCUUUUUCUUCGUGAUUUUUGCGUGGAGACGAUGGAGGACGCGCCACAGCAGAGAUAUGGUAGAUGUCACUGCAUUCGAACCCUUCGUCUCGCGUCCGGGUCCCGCGGUUCCUGUUCCCAACCCCUUGUUCCGAAAGGCGCCUCCGACUGCAAUCAUCUCAGGAGACAGGACCUACCAAACGGUUCCACUGCGUCCAUUUUCAUGUUAUCGCAGGCCACACAUCCCUGUUUCCUUGCUAUCCUCAGCCAAUUUGUCAACGUGUUCGGUCGAACUUCUGAGCUUCAAGUUGUACUCCCCCUGUUGUCCAAUAGCCUACACAUUCGUGAGAAGCAUUGCUCGACCACUCUACUGAUCAGAACAACCGCAGGCUGUCCCCGGGGUGUGCACGGUGGUGCGACGAGGGUUUUGCGUGGCCAAAUCGGUCGGGCAGCGCCU